AUGGAGGCCGUUCACGACAGUCCCCCUCCCUACGCCACCGAUGGCAUUGACGAGAAGAAGGAGGAUAUCAGCCAGGUGGAGCAGAACCUCAAGCCGGGCCUGGAGGAGUCCGACGCUUUCGGUAAUGAGGAGUUUGCGGAAAUCAAGUACAAGACCUUGAAGUGGUGGCAAUGUGGACUGCUCAUGAUUUGCGAGUCUGUCUCGCUGGGUGUGCUCUCGCUACCCGCCGCCGUUGCAACCCUGGGUUUCGUCCCGGCCAUCAUCCUCAUCGUUGGUCUCGGAAUUCUCGCGACCUACACCGGUUACAACAUUGGAUUGUUCAGAGAACGCUACCCCCACAUUCAGAACCUCGCCGAUGCGGGAGAAAUCCUGAUGGGCCCUUUUGGCCGUGAACUCUUCGGCCUGGGCCAGUUCCUCUUCUGCAUCUUCGUCAUGGGCAGCCACCUCCUGACCUUCCGUGUCAUGAUGAACACCAUCACCGAACAUGGCACCUGCUCCAUCGUCUUCAGUGUGAUCGGCAUGGUCAUUUCCAUGGUCCUCUCCAUUCCCCGUACCAUGAAGGGCAUGACCUGGAUUUCCUUUGCCUCUUUCCUCAGUAUCUUCAGUGCUGUCAUGAUUACUAUGAUCGGUGUGGGUGUGGAGAAGCACCCCGGUCGCAUCAUCGAGGCCACUGUCGACACCAACCUCUACACGGCCUUCACCGCCGUCUCCAACAUUGUCUUCGCCUACUGUGCGCACGUCGCUUUCUUCGGUCUUAUCGCCGAGAUGGAGCAGCCCAAGGACUUCAAGAAGUCGCUGUUCAUGCUGCAGACCUUUGAAAUCAGUCUGUACGUGACUGCUGCCUGCGUCAUCUACUACUACGUCGGCAAGGAUGUGCAAUCUCCCGCUCUCAGCUCUGCUGGUCCUCUUCUGAAGAAGAUUGCCUAUGGGAUUGCCAUUCCCACCAUUGUCGGUGCCGGUGUCGUUAAUGGUCACAUUGGCUUGAAGUACAUCUACUUCCGCACUUGCUCCAAGUCGGGUCUCAUCCACAGCCGUAGCCGCCGCUCGGUCCUUGUCUGGAUCGCCUUGGGCUUGGCCUGCUGGCUGGUUGCCUGGAUCAUCGCCGAGGCCAUCCCUGUCUUCAGCGACCUCAACUCUCUGAUUAGCGCUCUCUUCGCUAGUUGGUUCAGUUAUGGUCUCAGUGGUAUCUACUGGCUCCACCUUAACUACGGCCAGUGGUUUGCCAGCCCCCGCAAGAUCGCCCUGACCGUGCUGAAUGCCGGUAUCGCCGUGUUCGGUUUGGUGCUGUGUGUCCUGGGUCUCUAUGCCUCGGGAACAGCCAUCCACAACGAUGCCAACAGCAACAGUUUCACCUGUGCCAACACGGACAGCUGA